GCAUAGCCAGCCCCUGGCACCGGAUCCAUGGAGGCAGUGUCCCCAGCUGUGGAUCUGGUGUUGGGCGCUUCAGCCUGCUGUCUGGCUUGUGUCUUCACCAAUCCCCUGGAAGUGGUGAAGACGAGGCUACAGCUGCAGGGGGAGCUGCAGGCCCGGGGCACCUACCCGAGACCCUACCGGGGCUUGCUGGCUGCUGUGGCCGCAGUGGCCCGUGCAGAUGGCCUGCGGGGCCUGCAGAAAGGGCUGGCCGCUGGUCUCCUCUACCAGGGCCUCAUGAAUGGUGUCCGUUUCUACUGCUACAGUCUGGCUUGCCAGGCUGGCCUCACCCAGCAGCCAGGUGGCACCGUGGUUGCUGGGGCUCUGGCUGGGGCUCUAGGAGCCUUCGUGGGGAGCCCUGCUUAUCUGGUGAAAACGCAGUUGCAGGCCCAAACGGUGGCUGCCAUGGCUGUGGGGCACCAGCACCAUCACCAGAGCGUCCUGGGCGCCGUGGAGACCAUCUGGCGGCAGCAAGGCCUGCUGGGACUGUGGCGGGGCGUGGGUGGGGCCGUGCCCCGUGUCAUGGUGGGCUCGGCCGCCCAGCUGGCCACCUUUACCUCUGCCAAGACCUGGGUACAAGAGCAACAGUGGCUCCCGGAGGACAGCUGGCUGGUGGCCCUGGCGGGGGGCAUGAUCAGCAGUGUGGCUGUGGUGGUCGUCAUGACCCCCUUCGACGUGGUCAGCACGCGGCUAUACAACCAGCCGGUGGACGGAGCUUGCAGGGGUCAGCUGUAUCGGGGCCUCACUGACUGCCUGCUGAAGAUCUGGCGGUUUGAGGGCCCCCUGGCACUCUACAAGGGACUGGGUCCUGCCUACUUGCGCCUGGGCCCCCACACCAUCCUCAGCAUGCUCUUCUGGGACGAGCUUCGCAAGGCUGCCCGGCAGGCUCAGCACCAGCAGGCUUAGGUGGCACCUCG